AAAAUUAUUCGAUCAAUUUCGAUUCAAAAUUUUCGCGCGUGUAAAAUCAAAAUAAAAACCAAUAAAUAAAAUAAUUCCACAUAUGUAUAUACCAAGGGACGGAUACGAUAGCGAGUUGUACAACGACUAUUAUAACGAAUGGUACCGUUCGAUUUCGUCUCGCGAAGAGUACGACAACGGUGAUUAUAGUUACGAUUCGAGUCAAGCACAAUUACCAGUAAGCGAAAAGGAUUCCAAUAGUUUUCAUAAUAUAUCGUCCGACGGAGGAGACGAUAACCAAAAGUGUAUAUUGGGACCGAAAGUGGCGCACAUUUAUCGAAACGAUAUCAAAGUGAAGAAAUAUUCAUGUGUUUGUCAACAACAAAACCAACAACAACAGCAGGAAGAUAGAAAGAGUUCUAAGAAAUUUUGUGUACCAUCACUUUGUUCAGUUUGUUCUAAAAAUGAAAAUAAGACGGAAAAGGAAAAAAAAGUAAUCGUUAAAAGAAGUGGUUUUUUAAACGAAUUGUGUCAUAGAAAAUGUGCGGUUGUAGGAGUAAUAAAAGCUCAAAUGCGAAGUCUUCCGGGAAGGAUGGCUAAACACAGUAAAACGUGUGUUCGUAGAAUGGGUUCACGAAAUUGGAAAAUAAAGUUUAUGGUCUUAGUAGGAUUUUUGCCGUUUCUUUUAUGGGUCGCGUUAGUUUCUGGGGCUUAUUCCGGUGUUGCUCUUUGUGGUGGAAAAAAUCUUAGAGUAAUUAAUCCACGAGCUGUUUACUGAUUACAAAUAAAAAUAAUUUAACCAUUUUAAA